AUGCCCGCGGUGCCGCCGGCUCAACCUCGCGCUGGCUCUAACGCGACCGAGCAGCCUGCAAAGGGAGCGGGACCGUCAGCGCUGCCCACCCUGCCCGCCGCCCCGCCCCGGGCACCGCUGCGGCAGCCCCCGGCCCGCGCCCCGCCACGGAGCCGACGCCGGCGGCCGGGACCGCGCCGCGGGACGGGGCGGGGGCGGCCGAGGCGGACGCUCCGCGCACCGCUCGCCCCAACUAGUUGCCGCGGCGGAGGCGGGCGCGGAGCGGAGCCGCUUCGGGAGCGCCGCCCGCAGCCUGGCACCGCCCCGCCCCUGACGUCACGCCGGGCCGCCGCCUCCCCUCGCACGGCCGAGGGCACGGGGCCGAGGGUGCCGAAGGGUCCCCGCAGCGCCGGACCCCGCCUCGGGGACGCGUUCUUUCCUGGCUUCGCGCGGCUGUCCCGUGCCAACACCUGCGGGCUGCGCCCGCCCCGGCGCGCCGCCACCCACAGGUUGCCUCAGGGCGCCCGGCCCUCCCGCCGUGCCGCCCCCGGGGCCGGUGUGUGCUGGCGAGCCGGGACGGCGGUGCCUGCAAAAGCGGCCGAGGCUCCGUGUGCGGCGGGGUGUAAAUCUACAGCGGGGGUGUGGGCUGCCCGUGGGCGUGCUUCUGCUAAAAAUGAGGUAAUACCUAAUGCCACAGAGGGAUACUGCAAGGGCUGCAGAGAGGAGUCUCACCAGAGAGCUGAAGGACAGCCGCUGCCCAGUGCUUGCCCACCCUCCUUCCGUGCAGCCCCCCCACUGUUGCUCAGUGCCUCCCUGCAGUGCCCAUACCACACUUCCCUGUGUGCUUUCAGCAAGGCAUGUUGUGCACACAUGCACUUCUCCUCUUGCAUACCCAUAUCCUCACCGGUGUUACGGCCUUCAUAACCCUUUCUUCCUCCAUACCUUUCUACAAUGUGCACAUCUGCAUUAAAGCACACUCUGCUCACUGCCUUAGGAGAGAUAACCUCCAAGGUUACUUGCAGCCAAGGCUGCAAAACAGCACUCUAGACAUUGCCUCUUUCCUCUGAUUAUUCCCAAAGCAGUGUAUGGAUGAGACUACAAGCAGGAUGGGGGGCAUGGGAGGUGCCCACCAUGCCCUGUGGUCCUGCAGAACCCCUCAGAUCUCCCUCAUGAGCAGUGAGGUGUGACAGACACCAACACCUCCGUGCUUGGAUGGAAUUUGAGAGGUCGAAGAAGCUGAUCUGAGAUGUUAGCUCACUGAUUAGAAAUACUUUUUUUUUUUUUUCAAGGGAAGAAAAGAAAAAAGAAAACACAAACCGCAAAACCCGUAAGAAUGGCCAUUUGUACAGAAAACAGCAUUGGCAGCUUUAGUAUAUUUAAAAAGAUAUCCUGCGAUGGUAGCUCUGUGCAUGGCAAUAAUGGAUUGAGGAAACUUCAGAGCCAAAGAAUCUUCUAAUCCAGAUGUAGUUGUUAUAAAUUAACAGAUAGGACUAGGUUCACGGAGCACUAGCAUAUUUUCUCUUAUCUUCAGGUCUUAAUUAUCUGAAGAGGAGUACUGAAAGUUAAGUUGCUUUAAACACAUUUAAAAUCAUUUGUGCAUUCCUUUCACCUGAUGUCUGACCCCACCUGACUGUUUGCCCCCCAUGUCCCACAGUGCCUCCUCCUCUCUCACCCUCCCCAGUCUUUGCUAAUCCCCUUCCACCCAGACUGCUUGGGCUGGAAUCCCCAGGAUGCUUCAAAGAUAUUUUAUUUACUUUCAGAAUGGUGUUCUCAUUAUUCCUGGCUAUCGGGAUUAGCAAACAGUGAAAACACGAGUGUCUUGUGUAUUUGUAUGAUAAUUAUGCUAACUAUUAGGAUUUUGCUAAGCUGCUGGGAGUGAAAGAUGGGCCUGGGGACCGGAGAAGGGCAGAAAGCAUCAAAAUCUCCACAAAUGUUUAACUCUCUCCCUGCUGUCUCAGCCUCUCUGCUGUCUGUGUUCAUGUACAGCUUUGGAAUAUCUCUGCUUCACCUAAAAGAAUCAAAGAGCAGAGGUAGUUCUUGCCCUAGCAAGAAUUUUUAAUGAGAGAGACAGUCAGAAGAAGGGAAAUAACAGUACUGUAAUUAUAGGUAUACCUUGGCAUUCUGGGUCAUGCUAGCUGCCAGCCAGCCAGAGUUUAUGGAUUCAAAUAUCCAAAUCAGAAUACACGGAGUCUCAGAAAUCAGGGGGAAAAUCUGUCUUCUUGUGGACCAGUAGCUGUGCAUUAUUCCAUUGUUCUGAUUCACUGGCAUCACUGCAUUUGAAUAUAAACAUGCAAGAAAAGAAUGCAUCUCCAGUACAUACUGCAGUAAUGAAAAACGUUUAUUUAGCAUAAAAAUAAAGGAUGUGAGUGCCCUCUUUCAAAAAUAAAUUGCUCAUUGCCUGUAGAGAAUUCCCCCCUACUAUACAUGCAGUGUAACAUUCAGAGAGGUUAGGUUUCUUGCUCUAGUAGCAUUGGUCACUGUGUGAUAGACGAUAUUGUAUAUAGGGGAGAGUUUUUAUAUUUUACAGUGAUGUUUGUAUUCAUUACAACCGUGGUAGCUCCCAGUUCUCUCUGGAUUCAUGUUGGUAAGAAGCAGGCAGCGUACGUAUUUGCAAAUCUCCCAAACAGACUUUUUUUAUGUGGGUAUGUUUUAAUCUGUUAAUUAAGGAAGUUGUUCCUUCAGAUGCUAAUUCCUCAUGGCCUGUCUUACACGGUCCUUUUUUUGCCAAGGCAGCAGCCUAAUGAGAUAGCCUUUAAGAGCAAAGGCUGCUCAUGUAAGUAAAGGUUUGAUGGUUCAGGCCCUUGGCUAUUAAUGACCCUUCUUGAAACAAAUUUAUUGCCCCUUACUGUUUAAAUUUAGCAGUUGAUUACGUAUAGAAUAAUGCAUGAUCCCUUUUGCACCGAGAUUGAUGUCAUCAUUUGCCAGACAGACACGGCACCUGAUGAAUGCCAAUGACCCGCAUACUAAUUUGCAGUCUCCCCGUGGGAUAAAGGCCAUCUGUGCACAAGUCCUUCGGUCCCUCCAUACUCUCACUGCUAUAGGUGGAGCCCAGUGAUUUAAACGUGGUCUGAAAGCCUCGUGCUGUGAAUAGAAUGGAUUUUAAAAAGCAAAAUAAAACAGGUUUGUAUUUCAUAUGCACUGGUAGGUCAGCUAAUAUCCUGCACAUUGUAAGUGUUUAUCUUGCAAAAAUAUUAUAAGCGUCCUUGAGAGAGAUUUGAUUGAAAAUAGCUUAACUGUGACUGACGAUGCUGCUUGCCACAUUGCCCAGCCCCAAAACAAGGACUCUCUUUCAUUCUCCUACGCCUUCCAGAAGAGCACAGUCUGGGUGAUGUGGGCUCACAAUUACUUCGUUCUCAAGAGAUGAUUCCUUACGAAGCUUCAGGACAAUUUUACAUAUUCAAUUUCUAUUCUUACUUCAGAAAAAAUACUCUUUUCUUGUUCUGGUGAAGGAGAAAUCUAUCGCGUGGGACAAUGAGGGGGAAAAAACAAUGCAUGUGAUGCUGGCUGAAGAAGGUUACUAAGCUACUGCUGUAUUCAGCAGGGUGCUCAAUGGCAGCGGGAGUAGAACAUGGGUUCAGGUAAGGCUGGUAUAUUAGAAAUAAAUAGACAACGUUGGCUAUGUCUGGUAGAGUACACAGGUCUCCAGUUUAAUUAUGACUUUUUUAGCAGCAGCAUACAUAUGUCUGCUAACGAGUUACUGAUCUGGGUAAAAUUGAAUACAAAAAGGAAAGAAAGGCAGGAUUUUAUUCUGUAACAGCACAUUAGAAGUGCUAUUUACUUUUUCAUUAGACAGUACAUUUUAGAAAGGCCCCAUCAGGGUAAUGACCUUUCAGAUUUAAUCUUUUUGCUCUUCUUAAUGGUUUACAGAGUUUUCAGAGAAUUCAGAGGCGCAGAAUUUAAUUAUUAUUACUUUUAAACAGAGAAUGUGACUUCUGGAUGGCAAAACAUAAGGGGCUGUUGCAGUGGAUAUCACUGAGAGAAAAAGAAGGACAUGCUCCUUGGUUAAAACAGGGAAGAGUUUAAGCACAGCAAUACAGAAUUUAGAUCUGAGUUCAUGUUAACAGUGCCUCAGGUGCUUCCCUUAGCACAGUUUGCAUGCAUUUCAGAGAGAAUCCAACACAUCGUUCACUCCAGCAUUUAACAUGGGAUA